CCCCGCCCGUCUUUUUGCACGUUUAAAGCGCCCGUCCUAACGUGAUGGGGUAUUUAAAGCUUUUGCUGGUUGAGAAUUUCAAAUCCUGGCGGGGACAGCAAUGCAUUGGGCCGUUCAAAAAAUUCACCUGCAUCAUUGGUCCCAACGGUUCAGGGAAAUCAAAUGUAAUGGAUGCCCUUAGCUUUGUAAUGGGUGAAAAGACAUCUAAUUUAAGAGUGAAGCACAUUCAGGAGCUGAUACAUGGGGCACAUGUUGGAAAGCCAGUUUCAUCAAGUGGAAGUGUAACAAUGGUGUAUGUAGAAGAAAAUGGGGAAGAGAAAAGAUUUUCAAGGAUUAUUCGAGGCAAUGGAUCUGAGUUUCUUGUUAACAACACUGCUGUCAACCGAUCUAUGUAUACAAAGGCACUUGGGGAAAUUGGCAUAAUUGCAAGAGCAAAGAAUUGUCUAGUUUUUCAGGGUGAAGUUGAAGCAAUUGCAAUGAAGAAACCCAAAGAAAGAACUCAGCUUUUUGAACAAAUUAGCAACUCAGGAGAGCUUGCUGCUGAAUAUGCAGAAAAGAAGAGGGAUUUGCAAAAGGCGGAGGAAGAUGCGCAGUUCAGCUACAACAAGAAGAAAAACGUUGCAGCUGAGCGCAAACGCGCAAAAUUAGAGAAAGAGGAGGCAGAACAUUACCAGGUGUUGUUUGAAGAACUGAGAGAACAUAAGAGGCAGUUGCAGCUUUUCCAAUUGUAUCACAAUGAGCAAAAGAUCAACUUUCUCAAUAAUAAAGUGGCUGAAAAAAAUAAGGACAUUGAUACUAAGAAAAGUGCUGUUUCUCAUGCCGAAGAAACAUUGAAAGCCAAGAAAUCCGCUUUUGGAAUGUUAAAUAGAAGCAAUCAGCUCAUUGAAAAAGAAAUUAGGGCUCUAGAAGAUAUACUGAAUCGAAAGAGGCCUCAGUACAUUAAAGCAAAGGAAAGAACCUCUCACCAAAUUAAAAAAGUAGAUAUGGCUAAAAAAAAUUUGAGAGAUCAUAUGAAAGAGCAAGCUAAACAAGAAGAAAGCAAAAGGGAAUUGGAGCUGGAACUGACUGAUAUUGAUAAGGCUUGGAGAACAUUUGAAAAAAGGGUUGAGGAAGAGACACGACAUCGAGAAAGAGAAGUUUUGCUGGAGGAAAGUCAGGUAAAUCAGUAUCAGGAAUUAAAAGAACUAGUACGUAGAAAAGUAGCCAUAUUAACUCAGCAACGGGAAAAACUGCUGUGGGAGCAGAAGGCAGAUAUGGAAAAGAUGUCAUUUGAUCAGCGGAGACAGAAAGAAACUGAGGAAAAUAUCAAGCAUGUCAUAGAACAGAUAGAAGAUAAUGAAAGAAGGACGGAGAAGCUUGUGGAAUACAGCAAGACAUGCUCGGAAUCUUUAGUAGAAAAAAAGCAACAGGAAGAAAUGCUGACAAAUGAGAUUGAAACUUCAAAGAUCAGAAUAGCCAAAAUAAAUGAAGAACUGAGUAAAAUUAUUAGUGAUUUGCAGAAUGCUAAAAUUGAUGUCCAUGAAGGGAAACGCCAACAGAAGAGAGCAGAAAAUUUGGAGAGCCUCAAAAGAUUGUAUCCUGAUUUUGUGUUUGGAAGACUCGUAGACUUGUGUCACCCUAUCCAUAAGAAAUACCAGCUGGCUGUCACCAAAGUUUUUGGCAAAUACAUGACUGCAAUUGUUGUGGCGUCAGAAAAAGCAGCUAGAAAUUGUAUUCGUUUCCUCAAGGAAGAAAGAGCUGAGCCUGAAACAUUCCUUCCUCUGGAUUACCUUGAAGUUGAACCAAUCAAUGAGCAGUUGAGAGAAAUAAAAGGAUCAAAACUGAUGAUAGAUGUCAUACAAACAUCUUUUCCUCCACUGAAGAAAGUUAUUCAGUUUGUCUGUGGAAAUGGCCUUGUAUGUGAAACAGUAAAGGAAGCAAAACACCUAGCAUUUGAUGGCCAACAUCGAAUGAAAACAGUGGCUCUUGAUGGAACUUUGUUUUUGAAAUCUGGAAUAAUUUCUGGGGGCUCAAGUUAUUUGAAACUGAAGGCUAAAUACUGGGAUGAAAAAGAAAUAAAUGGACUUAAGGAACGAAGAGAGAAACUAAUGGAUGAACUGAAAAUCUUACUGAAAAUUAAACACAAGGAGGCUGAUUUAAAGCAUUUACAAGCUCAAUGCCAAGGAAUUCAAACACGAUACAGAUAUUCACAAAAUGAACUGGAGGUCCUUAAGAAAAAACGUCUGGCUAAUUUCUACAAGGAAAAAUCUAUGCUGGAAAGUGAAAUGGUAAAUAUACAGUCACAACAUGCCAUGCUGAAUGAAGGAGUCUUACAAAGAACUGAAAAAAUGAAUGAGCUCCAAAAGAAAAUUAAUGAGGUAGAAGACAAUGUUUUUCAUGAAUUCUGUGAAGAAAUUGGUGUAGAGAACAUUCGUGUCUAUGAAAAAGAACAUAUACAACAGCAAGAAGAAAUUGAUAGGAAGAGAUCUGAGUUUGAAAACCAGAAGACAAGACUGAAUGCUCAACUUGAGUUUAUUAAUAGUCUUGUAGAAAAGAUGGUGAAGAAAAACAGUGUGCUGAAGGAGGAUAUUCACAAAGAAGAAGCAGAAAUAAUUCACCUGAAAAAGGAUGAAGAGAAUUUUUUACAAAUGGUAAAUGAAGUUGUGGCAGAAUUACAGCAGCUUCGGGAAAGGCAGAAUAUUAGCAAAACUGAUGUUGCAAAAGCACAGAGUCAAGUUGAAGAAUCAAGGAAGGCAUUAUUAACUCUAAAUAGAGGGUUAGCAACAUUACAAAAGGAAGCAGGAGCUAUUGAGACCUCUCUGGAACAGAAGAAAUUAGAACGGCAUAACAGGCUUCUUGAAUGCAAGCUUCAGGAUUUAAGGAUAAGCCUUCUUUCGGGAUCGCUGGAUGACAUUAGUGAAAUUGAGCUGGAACCUGAUACUGAAAGCACCCAAGUCACUGCUGAUAUCUAUGAAAGAGAAGAGGCGAUUCAGAUGGACUAUAGCAGCGUUAGAGGACAGUUAAAGGAUUUGCAAUCUGACAAAGAGAUUGAGACUCACUUAGAACAACUUCAGCAAGAAAUCGCAUGUAAAGAAAAUGUUUUGUUAAAAACAACAGCACCAAAUCUGAAAGCACUGGAGAAGCUGCAUAUUGUUACAGGCAGAUUCCAAGAAUCUGUCAAUGUAUUUGAAGCCCAUAGGAAGGAAGCCAGAUUAUGUAGGCAAGAAUUUGAAAAAGUGAAAAAAAAGAGAUAUGAGCGAUUCACCCAGUGUUUUGAGCAUGUGUCAGUUGCUAUUGAUCAGAUCUACAAGAAGCUUUGUAGAAACAACAGUGCUCAGGCCUUUCUUAGUCCAGAGAAUCCUGAGGAACCUUACUUGGGAGGCAUCGGCUAUAACUGUGUCGCUCCUGGGAAACGAUUUAUGCCAAUGGACAACCUCUCAGGAGGAGAAAAGUCUGUUGCAGCUCUGGCUCUUGUGUUUGCGAUGCACAGUUUUAGGCCUGCUCCCUUUUUUGUUUUAGAUGAAGUCGAUGCAGCACUAGAUAACACAAACAUUGGAAAAGUAUCAAGCUUCAUUAGGCAGCAGUCAGAAGAAAAGUUUCAGAUUAUAGUUAUUUCUUUGAAGGAAGAAUUCUAUUCUAAAGCAGAUGCUUUAAUUGGAGUCUGCCCUCAACAAGAUGACCUUAUGUUUAGUCAGAUGCUGACCCUGGAUCUCACUCGCUAUCCAGACUCUGAGGAGAACGAAAGGCAGAAAUGGAGGAAGAGCUCUGUGCUGCAGUAACGCCACGUUGCCAUUAUCCUGAAAGAUCCUGAAAACAUGUUCCAGACAGCAACACAUGCAGACCUCCAUCAGAGACUAAAGCCGAAGGGUUAGGACUAAGUAUCGGGAAGGGCGGUACAGAAAGCUACGCUGUUUUGGUUGCUGCGCUCUCUCGGCUCUGUCUUUUAGCCGUGUGUUUUCCGUUUGACUGGGGCUUUGGGAUGGUAUUAGAAACCUGUGGGUGUGUGUCACGUCUGCCUGGCAUUCUAGUUGCCAUGCGGCAAGCCUUGCCAAUUUGGGGGCAUCUCAAGUGAAUGCUAAUCCAGUUCAGAUGAACAUCUGUAGACAGUGUGACGUUGCACUUGUUGGAGACAUGAAUUAAUAGUUUUUGAUACAGAAUGAUGUUUGUAUACCAUACCUACUUGUAUUUGAAGAUGGUUCAAUAAAACCAGUCUAGCAUUUUACACACAAAACUUCCUGUCUGCUCUGAGUCUUUUCUAUAUGGAGGGCUAAACAUUUAUGGCAAGCUGGGGUGAAACUGACCAUCUAAUUUCAUAUUAACAUAAAUAAGUUUCAUUUCAUCUUAAUAGGACCCUUUUUAUUAGAUGGCACUGAGAAGCAUCUUUUCAUGCUAUCUUUUAUUUCAGCUAUAUAACAGUUUGUCACCUUUCUCAAUCAUUUGU